AUGAAUUUGGCGAGGGCGAUCGGCAAUCGUGCGCGGAGGAACGCGAUCGGCGCCAGCGCGCUGGGCCGGAUCCGGCAUUUCGAUGCGCCACGGACCUCGCGGCCGUGUUUCCAGGUUGGGGGAGGGAUCGAUGCUGCCCAUGGGGCUCCGCGGUUCUUCUCUGCGGGGCGGCUGCUCCAGGGGGGCAAUGGCGCCGGGAAAUCGGACGUUUCUAAGCAGAAAAAGGGGGGAUUUGUGGGAUGGUACUUGAAUAAUCUGGACAAGCGGCCAGUCGUCACGAAAUCUCUCACUGCCUGUACGAUUUACACCACAGCGGACCUCGUUGCGCAGAAACUCACGGCUAUGAAGCUGGGUAACGAUUCUCCAUGGGAUCACGUACGUACACUGCGCAUGUCCGCUGUUGGAUUGCUUAUGUCGGGGCCAACGUUGCACCUAUGGUUCAAUUUCUUGAACAAGAUACUGCCGGGGAGAGAUAUGAUCAGCACGCUGAAGAAAAUGUUGCUGGGACAAACAACCUACGGGCCUGCGUUUACAGCCACGUUUUUCUCUAUAAAUGCCCUCGCGCAAGGCGAGAAUGGUGCCCAAAUCUGGCACAGGUUGAAAAGGGACCUUAUUCCCACUUUAGCGAGUGGGCUUAUGUAUUGGCCAUUUUGUGAUCUGAUCACGUUUCGCUAUGUUCCUGUGCAUUUGCAACCUUUGGUUAGCAACUCUUUCUCGUUAAUAUGGACCGUCUACCUUACAUACAUGGCAAGCUUGAAGUGAGGUAAAAACUUGCCUUUCAAUUUUGUAUACAUAGGCAAGCGAUGCCCCCAGUCACACGCACACGAACUCGUUAUUUUGAGGUCCGGUUAAGUUUGGUUAGAUUGUGGACAAAGACCAGCUCUGAACUUUGCUGUUCUUGCCACGUUAAGUUAUCGGUUUCACUUUAUAAAGCUCCGCUAGUUGAUCUC